AGCCAUCUUGGUCAACACCCACCCAGUGCAUUCACUGCGGUGCACAGGCAAUCCAAUCAAAGUGAACCAGUGCAAAGCUGACCAGAGGAGGGCUGUGAUUUUCACCACGGUGCUCUCUUGCAUUUUAAAUCCCCGGUCUGCACAAAAGGGAUAACAAGAGGUUGAAGAGGAGGAGGAGGUGGAGGAGGAGACGGCAGGGCAGCCUUUCUCAAGACAGCAGCGGAUUUCACUCAGUUUUAACAAGGAGGAGGAGGAGGAUGAUGCAGGCAUAAAGAGGAGGAAAAGGAGCACCCUUUCAAACACCUGCUGAAAGCUGCUGUGGGCCUUCCCCAUCUUGGCCUUUUAUCCUCUUUGUUUUGAUGCUCUUUUCAUCCUCUCUGAUUUGCUCUUCUCUCUGACCUGUUAUUUUUUGGGGCCUUUACUGGUUCCUGGAACAAAAGCUACUGCGCCUUUUUCCCUCGGUGGUGUUGGUUUUGCCUCGCACCAGCUGAGUCAUCAUGUCUGAUCUGACGCUUCAGAGCGAAACCCCGACUCCCACCACCGACAAGAUCACCCAGGCUGCCCGGGAGACCAUUUAUCUCUGCAACUUUCGCGUGUCUGUCGAUGGCGAGUGGCUUUGCCUCCGCGAGCUCAACGACAUCUCCCUCACCCCAGACCCAGAGCCGGCCCAUGAAGAUCCCAAGGAUCCCAUUGCAAUCGAAAGGCUUAACUUGAUGAACAUGGCCAAACUGAGCAUCAAGGGCCUGAUCGAGUCUGCUCUCAACCUCGGACGCACACUUGAUUCUGACUAUGCACCUCUCCAGCAGUUCUUCGUCGUGAUGGAGCACUGUCUGAAACAUGGGUUGAAAACCAAGAAGACCUUCCUGGGGCAGAACAAGUCAUUCUGGGGUGCGUUGGAACUGGUCGAGAAGUUGACGCCUGAGGCGGGAGAGAUCACUGCCAGUGUAAAAGACCUGCCUGGCCUCAAAACUCCUCUAGGAAGAGGGCGUGCUUGGUUACGGCUGGCCUUGAUGCAGAAGAAACUCUCUGACUACAUGAAGACCAUCAUCAACAGAAAGGACCUGCUCAGUGAAUUCUAUGAGCCGAAUGCGUUGAUGAUGGAGGAGGAGGGAGCUGUCAUCGCUGGGCUGCUCGUUGGACUAAAUGUCAUUGAUGCCAAUCUGUGUAUGAAGGGAGAGGACUUGGACUCUCAGGUCGGGGUGAUUGAUUUUUCAAUGUACCUCAAAGAUGGUGGACACAGUAGUAAGAGUGCAGAGGGCGACGGUCAGAUCACAGCGAUUCUCGAUCAGAAGAAUUAUGUGGAGGAGCUGAACAGACAUUUAAGUGCAUCAGUAAAUAACCUCCAGGCCAAGGUGGACGCUCUGGAAAAGUCCAACACAAAGCUAACAGAAGAGCUUGCAGUGGCAAAUAACAGGAUCAUCACUUUACAAGAAGACGUGGAGAGAGUAAAGGAGGAGAGCUCAUAUCAGCUGGAGUCCAGGAAGGCAUUAAGAAGCGACUCAGCACCAAACGGACAAGCGCUAGGGGAAACACGCAAGCAGCUUAAAGAGGAAACUUUGCUUCGAUUGGAUGUGGAGAAGGAGCUGGAGGUGCAGAUCGGGAUGAAGCAGGAGAUGGAGCUGUCCAUGAAGAUGCUGGAGAAAGACAUCUGUGAGAAGCAGGACGCUCUGGUGGAGCUCAGACAGCAGCUGGAAGACCUUCGUGCCAUCAACCAACAGCUUAGCCACAAGUCACAGAGUGCAGAUGCCAGCUUUAAACAGAAGACUGAAGCCAUCGCUCGCCUGGAAGAGAAAAUAAACCAGAUGACAGGGACUGUAAAACAGCUGGAGACAAGAUGCAAACAGGCUGAGAGAGAGAGGGAUCUGGCUUUAGAGGCCAACCGGCUCUUCAAACAGGACUUUGGAGACAAAAUCGAGAGUCUGCAGGUGGAGGUGGAGCAGCUGAGGAAGCAAAGGUCUAAUCUGGAGCUGGAGCUGAGAAAAGAGCGAGAGCGAAGGAGUGAGCAUCAUUCCGACGCUGCGUCCAGACAGUCCAGCACUCCUCGGAGGGAGAGGAGACACCCAGAGAACAUACCAAAACGUCCCCCAGAAUCCCCAUCAGUCAAAAGGGACAGUGACCGGGUACACACAGAACCAGAGGACAAAACAAGUCUGAGCUCCAGCUUGUCCUUGUCACACCAUGAGGAUGAACAGGACGAGUCACUGGUGCAGAUCAGUCAGCCUUCCAUCUGUACGAUGUGUGAACAGGACGACUCCCUCCUGAAGACAAAGAAACAGUGUAAGAACUGCAGUGGGCUUUUCUGUGAGAGCUGUGUGUCCAACGAGCUGCCCUUACCUUCCUCCAUUCUCCCAGAGACUGUGUGCACCGCCUGCUUCUCUCUGUUACUCCAACAAUACGCUUCAACACCAACAUGAAAUGAAACAAGUCCGUAUUUUACAACGAGACACGAUGAUCAGACACAUGCAAACCAUAAGCGUUGAUCUGUAAAACUGGCACUGCAAAAAUGCACUUUUUGACUUCAUGGCUUGAGACGUUAUGAAAGAUCUGAUGGAGUCCUGCGAGUUCUGCAAUAUUUUAGUUACUUUAGUUAGCAUUGUCCAGACAUGUGCCACCGAGAGCUCUUUGGAUCCAGGUUUUCAUUUUUCAAAUACUGGUGUAGCCUCAAUUCUUCCUUUCUGGCUGAAAGUGCGUUGAGCUGCUGUGGUAUUUCCUUAGUGAAAACCUGCACUCAAAACAGCUGAAAAUGGCACCUGGUUGGGGAUUACUGCUAUAAAAAGACAACUUGAAUCAUCUCAUGCAUUUAAAAACUGACUUUCCACAAUGUUACUAUGUGGAUUAUUGAUUAAAAUAUUUUUAACCUCAGUUUUAAAGGAUUAAUAAGGAAAAACUGGACUUUUUGCUCUGUACUUUUAGCCACAAUUGCGCUCUAUUAUAACACAGUGGUUCAUCGUAUACAGAUCAGUAUAUGAUGUAUAUGGUGAUGAAUGAAAUUUUUCAUCAUUUCACUAGAUGAAACAUGAAUGACAAACACUUUUGACCAAAUUCUAUAUUAUUAUACUGUGAUAUUAAAUGUGUUAAUAUUUUAGGAAAGACUGUAUGUGCUGUCAAAAGCUUUUUAAACACUGAAAUUGUUAAAAACAAUCAGAAAUAUACGUACAUUAGUAACCACACCAGGAAAAGACAAAUAUUUAAGUUAUAUCACAUUGUUAUGAAAACCAAAAUCCUACACUGCUAGACUAUAUCUAGUCUCUUAUCAUGAUAUCAGUAUUUGAUGGACAUAUCAUCCAGCUUCGGUGUUCAGACUGAAGAAGAGAGAUGAUUUUUCUGUUCAGUCUUUAUGUCAAAGGAAUAGUUGGACAUUUUGGGCGAUCUAACUGGCUGCUUGCUGUAGCUUCAUAUUUACCGUACAGACAUGAGAGUGGGCUCGGCCUCUGCAAAAAGGCAAAUAAGCCUAUUUCCCAAAAUGUCAGACUGUUCGUUUAAGUUUACAAAGCUGAAUAUUCUGGGUAUAAUAUUUCUUUACUGCUGCUCUUGUGUUCUGUAUUAGUUAGAAGUGGCAUUAACAAAAAGGCUGAAAAUCAUCUGUUGACAAUUAAUACUUUGUCACAGUUUGAGUCUGGUUUAUCUCAAACAGUGUGACAGUAAAAUCAUAAAAUCCAACAUUCAGAUAUUUAGAUUCUAGUCUUUUCUCUGGCUAAUCUAACUCCUCUUCUGGACGUCUUAACAUAUUAGGGCACUUUUAAAUGCAUGGCUCUCUGCCUGACUGGUUUGAAGUGGGUAUAUCAGUGCUUAUAUCAUCUUUAUAUAACAGCUGUUUUUAUGUUUUGUUGAUUUAUAUGAAGAAUAAUUAGAAGUAAAACCAGUUAAAACAUUUAGUCGUUCUUGUUGAAGCUAAUUAACAUGUGCGAUGGAAAUGCUUUUUAGACCAACAAACUUUUAUUAAAUUUUACCAUUGUGUGACUCUGAAUUAUUUUAACCUGUAUUUGACUUUUGUGCAGCAUCCUGAUGAGUCAGGAGCAUAUAGAGCUCAGUCCUCAUACUUUUAUUUCAGAUUAUCCUUAGAUCCUCCUCUGUAAGCAAAAACUAAAUGCUCUUCUCAAAGUAUCUCAGAUUUAUAUCACAUUUUUUCUGUGUGAUUUGUUUAUUCUUUUGAAUUAUUUUGUGUACAGAAACAUAUUUUGCAGAUUAGAGAAAAAGAUCUUUGGUAAACAUGGGUAGCUGUUAACACUAGCCUUUUUGUUCUCCUACACAACUUAAUAAAUGUAUACAUUUUA